UUGAUCAAUCGACAUUAUUUCAAAUUAUUUUAUUUACACAAUUUAUUGUUUUGCUAACCACAAUGGAUAGUUUAGAUAUAGAUAAUUUAUCGCUGAAUGCACCUGUAGCAACUAAAAGUUUAGUGGAAUCAGUAUUCAAAAGCAUAUGGCCACUUAUACUUAGUAUCCGAAAGAAGCUGAAUUUGUCCACUGAUGAGGAAGAAAGCAUCAAAACACUAAAGGAUGUGUUUACACUUUGUUGCAGUCAAAUAAAGAAAUGUGUCUUGAGUCUCCUUGAGAUAUUUAAAUUGGAACACACUCAACAUGUAUUCCUACAGGAGAGUCGAAACUGCAUCACUGACAGGUUGUCUUGGUGUAUGGAUAAGCUGAGCCACAUUGAUGCAACCCUGGAUGGGUUGAUUGGUGCUAGACCCGACGGAGACACUCUUGAUGAUACACUCCUGACCACUCCCAUGUACUUUGUCAACUGGAUUGACCAUGCUUUUGAAGUCCUCACUAAGUUAUCCAAUGUCAUCUAUAAAACCGACUAUAAGGAUUCAUCAAGUUUGACUGAUUCAUGGAAGAAUAGCGUGGUUGAGCAUAUCAGUGAGCUCCAUGUAUGCCUGGAUGAGCUGCUCCUGUCCGCCAUGACUCUCUGCAAGUACUGCCUGCCCACUGACCAGCUCAUUGUGAAGGCACGCUGUCAAGUUGUAUUGAGGGAGUCAAAAGCGCUUCUCAGUGAACUGAUAACAGGAGACCCGAGCUCGGCCAUCAAAGUGACCAUAGACUCACUGAAAAUGCCAAUAAUGCCGACCAAUGUGAAUGUACUCAUUGAUGUAUUGAAAGACGUCUUAUAUGCCCUGGAGACCAACACAAAUACUGCUUUACUAGCUCUGCUAGUCCAUUGCUUCAGCAACUCAAUGUCACCAGUGGAUUUCUUGAGCAGGCAUUUUGAAGCGGGCUCGAAAGGAAUGUGCUCAUGUGAUGUGGAGGAACCGGAUGAUUGUCCGUUUGUGAAAGACUUUGACUUGUACAAUGAGAGGCUGUUGCAGAUUGGAUCAUUUGCCGUUUCCUGCUCUUCGGAUCAGAAUAGAAUCCUCUCCCUCCGCUCCGGCCUAGCGUCCCUAGAAGCGCUAGACCCGCACCUAGUACCAGCUCUACUGGUCUCCCCUCACAGCCCGCACGCGCGCCUGUUGGCAGCCACGUGGAGACAAGAGGCGGGAGAAGUCAGGGACAGCGUGUUCCUGAUCGUGGAUCCUGCUGCUUUCGCUGAGAAAGCCAAACAGAUGAUGCACCAGCACCUCAUCCCGCUCACCAGCCUCCACACCUACAGUCCCCAAGUGACCGCAGUGAUCGACGUGGGAGGCGUCGUGAGGGACUUCUUCUGUGUUUAUAACGAGCAUGAACCUGACGCGCUGACGCAGUAUGAGCGGUUGAGGCCGCUGCUUUUGGAUUUGAAUAAAGUGCUAGAUGAAUGCAAAAUCGUGAGCAAUCUUCUGAGCGCAGACAAAGACGUUAAGUACGACGUGAAAAAACCGUCAAACGCCAAACCAGCUACUUUUGAGCAGAUGCUGAAACGUCUGAAACUCCUCUACACAAUCGUAAGCCGAAUCAACAGUCUCUUCCAUCCCAAAGACAAUGAUGAUCAGCUGUUUGUCAACGAAAUAUGCGAGGAACCGCCCGCCCCAGUGAAGAAUGUCACACACACGAUAUUCGCUAAGAAUGGAAACACAUACGUGAAUUCCCCGCGUAAGAUCGCCGCGAAUAUAUCGAGAAGUAUAUUCGCCAGAACAGCCAAUACGCGAUCGACCAGCAACGGCUUCGUUUUGUCAAAGUUAUCGAAGCGAUUGAAGAUGAAAACACGUGAGGAGUUAAGCUUUUCCAUGCAGUUGGAUGAGCUUCUAGAUUCUAAAUGCGAGAUCAAGGGGAACGGGGAUGGUACUCGUGAUGUGGUUAAUAGACAGCUGGAGAGAGUGAGGCAGCCGUCGAUUUUGUACAAUUUUUCGCCGAACAAGAACAGGUCUUCGUUGAGGAAGGCUGUUUUGAGCAGGAACUGUGUGCCUCUUGAAUUGAAGCCAAGGGAUACGUUCCUUGAUAGCGUCGUGACGGAGAGCGCCGGCAUGAUGGACGAAAAUACUAGCCUGCAAAUUACUGAAAUCCUGGAACAAAUGACCAACAUGUCUCACAUGUUCACCUCCAGACCGGCCAUGAAUUCCACCCGCAUCACCCACAACCCUUCACUACAGACAACCACAAACAACAACGUUCUAUCCUUAACUGUUAACAACGAAACGAUUUCUAAACGCGUCUGGAACAUUCCAGUAAACGUCAGUUCGGAAACGCCGCCGGUAGAUGUCAGCACCGCUUCGAGCCAACCGUCGAAUUUCUCGACGCUGGAAAGGUUAAAUGAUUUGAAUGUUCUCGAAAGUAAAAUGAAUGAUUUGAUGUUCCUGCAGCAGGAAACUAGCUUGUAAGGGAGAAUUGAAAAGUG